UCUUGCCGGUGGGGCCGCAUCUCGCGGCGGUGUGAUACUGGCGCUCGGGAGAGUGUGAGACGGCUCCGCGACUCACUGACGCCAGGCCGAGCAGACCCACAGUCAGGCGGCGAGAGCACACAGGAGGAGCCAGCGACGCCGAGAAACAGAAAGCUACAGAGGAAGAAAAGUGACUGUGAAGAGGACCUUAUCUUGCAUCUUGGAAGCCGAGGAUUAUAACAUAAGAAAACAAACAAAUAAUAUUUAAACCUUUGUGUUCAGUGACUGGACAGUGUCCAACGACUGGUUGCGCUUCCUUUAGGAGUGGGGAGGAGGGCGGCUUGGCCAACAUGAAUGUCACUUCGCUCUUCUCCUUCACCAGCCCAGCCGUGAAACGGCUGCUGGGUUGGAAGCAGGGAGAUGAGGAAGAGAAAUGGGCAGAAAAGGCAGUGGAUGCUCUGGUUAAGAAACUGAAAAAGAAAAAGGGAGCCAUGGAGGAGCUGGAGCGGGCUCUCAGCUGCCCAGGUCAGCCCAGUAACUGUGUGACAAUCCCCCGCUCACUGGAUGGACGGCUGCAGGUGUCUCACAGGAAAGGCCUGCCCCACGUCAUCUAUUGUCGGGUUUGGCGCUGGCCUGACUUGCAGUCCCACCAUGAGCUGAAAGCGCUGGAAUGCUGCGAGUACCCCUUUGGCUCCAAACAGAAGGAUGUGUGCAUCAAUCCCUACCACUACAAACGAGUGGACAGUCCAGUGCUGCCACCUGUCUUGGUACCGAGGAACAGCGAGUUUAAUGCCAAACAUACGAUGUUGCCUCGCUUUCGCAACCCCUUACAACAGAACGAGCCACACAUGCCCCAAAAUGCCACCUUCCCAGAAUCUUUUGGUCAGGCCAACACCUUGCCUUUCCCACAUUCACCUGGGAACAGUUACCCAAACUCACCUGGAAGUGGCAGCAGCGUCACCUUUCCUCAUUCACCAUCUAGCUCUGACCCCGGCAGUCCAUUCCAGAUGCCAGAGACCCCCCCUCCUGCCUACAUGCCCCCAGAGGAGCAGAUGAGCCAGGAUUGCCCUCAGCCAAUGGACACCAACCUCAUGGCUCCACCAUUGCCCCUGGAGAGUAACAACCGGGCAGAUGUGCAGCCUGUGGCCUAUGAGGAACCCAAGCACUGGUGCUCUAUUGUUUACUACGAGCUCAACAAUCGUGUUGGAGAGGCCUUCCAGGCUUCCUCCACCAAUGUGCUCGUCGAUGGCUUCACAGAUCCCUCCAACAACCGCAACCGAUUCUGCCUCGGCCUGCUCUCAAACGUCAACCGCAACUCUACUAUUGAGAAUACCAGGCGGCACAUUGGCAAAGGCGUCCAUCUGUAUUACGUUGGAGGGGAGGUGUAUGCAGAAUGUCUGAGUGACAGCAGUAUCUUCGUCCAGAGUCGUAACUGCAAUUAUCACCACGGCUUCCAUCCCACAACUGUAUGCAAGAUUCCCAGUGGCUGCAGCCUAAAGAUUUUCAACAACCAGGAGUUCGCUGAGCUGCUGGCUCAGUCUGUCAACCACGGCUUUGAGGCCGUUUAUGAGCUCACCAAGAUGUGCACUAUCCGCAUGAGCUUUGUUAAGGGCUGGGGUGCAGAGUACCACCGCCAAGAUGUGACCAGCACACCCUGCUGGAUUGAGAUUCACCUGCACGGCCCCCUGCAGUGGUUGGAUAAGGUGCUGACUCAGAUGGGCUCCCCUCACAACCCCAUAUCCUCCGUCUCCUAGGCUUCACUGUGCUCGGCCCCGUGGCUGUCCAUACCCCAGCAUUUUGGUUUAAGUAGCGAGAACAGGGGUUAGCUGGUGCCAGACUGGUUUGUGUUUGAGUCAGACUGUUUGAAGUUUUGACUGAAAUACAAACUUUUCCGGGACCUUUGAGGUUGGGCGGGUUGUUAAAUGGGUUUGUUCUCUACUUGAAGGAUGUCUGAAUUGGGCACAUUUACAGACUGGGAGAGGAGUAAGCAAGGUGAGCGUGAUGCAACUGGAAGAUACUUGAUCUCUGUGACCAACUGUAAUAAUUAGACCAUCAUACUCAUAUUGAUGCAAGUAUCCUCUUUGAUCUUGUUCCCACAACAUUUUUUUUCAUCUUUCUACUAUUCUGACUCAUAACUAGUUUCCAUUUAAUUCUUCCCUCGGAAAUCCUGAUAUACAAAUGUAGUCACAAUAAUUUUGGGACAUUCCAGGUCGCCGAAAUGCAGUUGGUUUCUGUUUUCUGUCCAACUGCAGUCAGGUUGGCGUGAAAUGUGCUUCUGAAAUGUAAACUGUUAGCAGGAAAAUGUUCAUCUCCAGAUAUGUAAAGAAGUGUGCUGGGUUGUCAAAAAUGUUUCUUAGGUUAUAAUAAGUGAGAGCAGUUAAAGUUAUCUGUAUAACAGCAACAUAAAAUCCGCUAUUACAAGUACUGAAGAAUAAUAUGAGGGCAAAAUUAGGGCCGUUUGAGCAUUUAGUGUAGGGUUUAGUGUGGUGCAUGGCACUCAAAGGGCAUUUCAGACAUAAACAGUUUUAAGUGUUGCUCAUCUUGUGUUUCAAAUGAAUUUUAAGAGGAAAAAACGGAUAGUGUUUAGAUAUAUUCACUAUUAGAUUAUGUGCUGUGCAGUCUGGUUUUGCAAAGCCUAGUUUGGUUAGUGUAGUGUUACACAUUUAAGACUGGUAGCUGAACAUGAAAUGAAGCGGAGGCAAACACAAGUACAGUGUAGUUUGUCCCCUGCUGUAUUCUCUGCAGCUGAAUCUUAUGUGUCAUGCAGAGUCGAGUCGCAUUGAGGACAUUAAUAUUUCAGUGACUGCGCCUCAUCAUCUUAUUACAUUGAGCAAAACGUGUUAAAUGACUGUUAUGGGAAAAAGUUGAGCAUUCAGAUUUUAAUCAUGACUGAGAAAAGGGUGUCAGCUACUGACUUCCCCAAAUCCUUUUUUUUAAAUAAAAUGCAGAUUUUUGCCAUUCAAUUAUUUUUAUGCUUUGAGCAAUCCUGUUUGCUGUAAAACUAUUAUACUCUUUACAUUCUUUUUGUAUUUUUUGAACAUUUUUAGUUUUGUUUGCACUUUCACAUGUUGCCUCUUUGUUUUGGUUUUAUUUUGUUUUCGCUCCCUCUGUCUGGUUUGCUCAGUAAAAACUCCCAGAAAAGCAGUUUUAUUCCAUGAAUAUCAAGUCUCUACUGGAAGAGUCAAUAAAUUUGUUUCAUUACUUGCAAUA